AUGGAGCCGGACGAGCGGGACUCCGUGGCCGCGUGGUGGCACAUGGUCGUGCGGAACCUGCGAUCUUUCCCACACUCCUGUUCCACACUCGGAAGGAAAAUUGCCACUCUGUGUGACAGCUUUACAAGUAAAUCAUUAAAAGAACACAUUUGCCCUCCUCUGAUGCACAUGCUGAUUUUUGUAAACUUUUUCAAAGCACCAUUUCUUGUGGAUUUAAAGAAACCAGAGUUGAAGAUUCCUCACACGGUGAACUUCUACAUCAAAGUUGAACCUGGGGUAAUUCUGGGAAUCUGGCACACGGUUCCCAGCUGCCGGGGGGAGGAUGCUAAGGGGAAGGGCCGGAGCUGGUAUGAAGCAGCACUCUGUGACGGCAACCCGAUUAUUGUUUAUCUUCAUGGCAGUGCACAACACAGGGCAGCUUCUCAUAGACUCAAGCUAGUAAAGGUGCUGAGUAACGGUGGCUUUCAUGUCUUGUCUGUUGACUACAGAGGGUUCGGGGACUCGACAGGUACACCCACGGAGGAUGGACUGACUGCAGAUGCAGUUUGUGUCUAUGAGUGGACCAAGGCGAGAAGUGGUACCACCCCUGUGUGCCUCUGGGGCCACUCUCUGGGGACAGGAGUUGCGACAAAUGCUGCAAAAGUUCUAGAAGAGAAGGGAUUCCCAGCUGAUGCAAUUAUCCUGGAAGCUCCAUUUACCAACAUAUGGGUUGCAAGUAUCAAUUAUCCCUUGUUAAAGAUUUACCGGAAACUUCCAGGAUUUUUAAAGUCAGUUAUGGAUUCCCUGAGGAAAGACAAACUAGUCUUCCCCAAUGAUGAAAAUGUCAAAUUCCUGUCUUCUCCCCUUCUCAUCAUACAUGGUGAGGAUGACAAAACGGUACCUUUGGAAUUUGGAAAAAAGCUCUAUGAAAUUGCGCACAAUGCAUAUAGGAACAAAGAGAGGGUGAAGAUGGUGAUCUUUCCUCCUGGCUUCCGACACAACUCCCUUUGUAAAAGCUCUGCACUGUUACAUACCGUGAGAGAUUUCCUGAGCCAGCAGUGGGCGUGA